GUUGUAACUUGCAGUCUUGUACGGACACAGGCGGUCAGGUCCGAGACUCGAGAGAGAGAGAGAGAGAGCCGAACAAUACAUUACAAUACUCUUUUACCAAACAAAUCCCACUGGGAUCGGAAGAAGGGUACUCCCUCUCGCUCUCCAAGAAUCGCCGCCGAAAAGAUUACCAUUUAGAAAAGAAGAAUCAACGACAACCGCUUACCCGUCAAUGCAAAAUCCCGGCCACCACCGCCGCCUUGGCAACCACCGUAGUAAAACUUGCCGGCCGGUGAUAGAUUAUCUCCGGCCUGGUCAGGCUGCUUUUAAGAUCGUCUGCCACACUUCCGCUGUCGGCGGCGUGAUCGGUGCCUCCGGCUCCAUUGUUUCCCACAUUCGCCGGGAAACCUCAUGCAUUGUCACCUGCGAGGAGCUGGUGGAGGGCGCGGAGCACCGCGUGUUCCUCGUGGUCGGCUCGGCCACUCCGGAGCGGCGGCUCGCGUUGAGGGCGGCGGCGGAGGAGUACCAAGGGUCCGGCGAGGAGCUGGUUUCGGACGCACAGGAGGCGGUGCUGAGGGUUAUGGAGAGGAUGUGGGAAGUCUGCCGCGUUAAAUGGCGAGGGAAGGCGGUGGGCGGCGGCGGCGGAAGUAAUGAAGGGUUCUGUGGCCUGCUGGCCGACGGGCAACAGGUUGGCGUUGUUGUGGGGAAAGGUGGGAGGACGAUCAACAGGAUGAAGUCAAUCAGUGGAGCCCAUAUCAAUAUCUUGCCGGCCCCGCCAUGCGCCUCGCCGGACGAGCAAUUGAUUCAGAUUACUGGUUCGGUUUUGGCUGUGAAGAGAGCGAUUGUUGUAGUCACUGCUCGUCUUCAAGGUUGUUCUCCAUUUGAAAGAGAUCCAUUCCCAAUCCCAAUGAGACCAACAGAGAGAUCUUCCCCCACAACACCUUUUGAGCAACAUUUGGAGUUCUUUCCACAUCUUAGUUCCAAGCUGCCAUCUUCGAUUCAUAAUCCUGUUGAUACUAAUAACUCGUUGACCAAUGGUGACGACGAUGAUAGUCAGGAAGUUUCAUUCAGACUCCUUGUCUCCAAUGAUGCCGCCGGAAGCAUAAUUGGCACAGGAGGGUCUAGAGUUAAGUCUUUGCAGAAUCAAACUGGUGCUUCUAUCCGUUUUGCUGCUCCAAAAACCAGGAGUGGGGAGAGGGUAGUCACUGUUUCAGCUUUCGAGAUUCUGGAAUGUAGCUGUUCCCCUGCACAGAGUGCUGCAGAUCUGGUGUUUGCUAGAUCUAUCGAGAGUGAGUUUGAAAAGUCACAUUCAUCAUGGGCCUUAACUGAUGGCACUGCUGUGAAAGCGAGGCUCCUGCUGGAUUUGGAUCAUGUGUCUUUCCUUGCUGGUUGCAAUGGUACAGAAGCUUCCAAAGGUGCUACUAUCGAAUUACAGGCAUUGGAGGACUCGACUAGUGAUUUUGUUUUAGAGAUCAGUGGAGAAUAUAAAAAUGUCCGAAGUAGUCUUUCUCGGGUUACUGGUAUACUGAGGGACAGUGUAUUUAAUGGCGACAUGGUUGAGGAAGCAAUAGCUGGAAGCUCCAAGGGGGGACUGAGCAAUGCUACUUCUUCUACUUUUCUAAAGCCUGGUCAAGGUGACGAAUCCUUUGACGUGGAAGACAAUCUCUCCAGAGGAGGAAGAACCACAGCCAUCAAAGCUCCUAAUGAUCCUGCUAGCUUGGAAUCUCCCAGUAAGGUAUCAGAACUGGAAAGGUGCAUGAACUUUCUUUUGCCAAGGGGAAUGCUGAAAGAGGUAGAUUGAAAAGUUCCUGCAGGAUGAUCAGUAGUCAGUAGAGACCAAGCCUCUUCAAGCCGAAUAGUGGUGCCGGGUCUCCACCCGAGCCCUAUUGUUUUAUUAUAAUUAUUAUAUUUUUGUUAUUAUUAUUUUGUUGAGUUAUUUUUUCAGAACAGCUAUUUAACCCAGUAAAAUACGGUAUAAGUAAAUGCCUAUAACAUAUGUAUGGAUGUUUUUCUU